GCAGCAGCUGGGGCCCCUGGUGAGGUGAUCGUGCCAUUGCCGUGUCCGUGGGUCCACAGUCAGGUGCUCAGACCACAAGCCAGAGAGAAAGGUUGGGUUUGCCAGGGACCAGGGCAGGGGGGCAGCUGCCCAGGAGCUUUCAGUACCGCUGCGUAAAGCUGGUCUCAGCUCGGAUCCUGAGUCUGGUUCGAUCAAGUCCUGGACCUUCUGGGAUUCCCAAGGGGCCCCAGCUCAAUGGGGCUGCCUCUGCCGCUGCUUCAAUCCUCUCUUCUGCUAACGCUUCUUUUGCGGCUGUCGGCGGCGUCCACCAACCUGAACUGGCAGUGCCCACGAAUACCCUACGCAGCCUCCCGAGACUUCAGUGUCAAGUACGUGGUCCCCAGCUUCUCCGCGGGGGACCGGGUACAGGCCACCGCAGCCUACGAGGACAGUACAAAUAGUGCGGUGUUUGUGGCCACACGCAAUCACCUGCACGUGCUUGGGCCUGACCUGCAGUUCAUAGAGAACCUGACCACUGGCCCUAUCGGGAACCCUGGCUGCCAGACUUGUGCGAGCUGUGGUCCAGGCCCUCAUGGACCACCAAAGGACACAGACACACUGGUGCUAGUGAUGGAGCCAGGUUUGCCAGCCCUGGUCAGCUGUGGCUCAACCCUACAGGGCCGCUGCUUCCUGCAUGAGCUGGAGCCUCGGGGGAAGGCAUUGCACUUAGCAGCUCCAGCCUGCCUAUUCUCAGCAAACAAUAACAAGCCCGAGGCCUGCUCGGACUGUGUGGCUAGCCCCCUGGGCACUCGUGUGACUGUGGUGGAGCAGGGGCAUGCUUCCUACUUCUAUGUGGCAUCUUCGCUAGACCCAGAGUUGGCCGCUAGCUUUAGCCCCCGCUCAGUGUCCAUCCGUCGUCUAAAGUCUGAUACUUCUGGAUUCCAACCAGGUUUUCCGUCGCUGUCGGUACUGCCCAAAUAUUUAGCCUCUUACCUCAUCAAAUAUGUGUACAGCUUCCACUCGGGGGAUUUUGUCUACUUUCUGACUGUCCAGCCCAUCAGUGUCACAAGCCCUCCCAGUGCCUUGCAAACACGUCUGGUCCGGCUCAAUGCUGUAGAGCCAGAGAUUGGUGACUACCGGGAGCUGGUCUUGGACUGUCAUUUUGCACCUAAACGCCGGCGCCGUGGAGCCCCGGAAGGCACACAGCCCUACCCAGUGCUUCAGGCAGCCCACUCUGCUCCAGUGGAUGCCAAACUGGCUGUGGAACUGAGCAUUUCAGAGGGCCAGGAAGUGCUUUUUGGGGUCUUUGUGACCAUCAAGGAUGGUGGCUCUGGCAUGGGUCCCAACUCUGUUGUAUGUGCCUUCCCCAUUUACCACCUGAACGUCCUGAUUGAAGAGGGUGUCGGAUAUUGCUGUCACUCUUCAAAUUCUUCUUCCCCGUUGUCGAGAGGCCUUGACUUCUUCCAGACGCCCAGUUUUUGUCCUAAUCCGCCUGGUGGAGAGGCCUCCGGCCCCAGCUCCCGUUGCCACUACUUCCCUUUGAUGGUCCACGCUAGCUUCACCCGUGUGGACCUCUUCAAUGGACUGUUAGGAUCAGUGAAGGUCACCGCACUGCAUGUGACACGCCUUGGCAAUGUUACAGUGGCCCACAUGGGCACUGUGGAUGGGCGUGUCCUACAGGUGGAGAUAGCCAGGUCACUCAACUACCUGCUGUAUGUGUCCAACUUCUCCCUGGGCAGCAGUGGACAGCCUGUUCAUCGGGAUGUCAGCCGCCUCGGGAAUGACCUACUCUUUGCUUCUGGGGACCAGGUCUUCAAGGUGCCCAUCCAGGGCCCUGGCUGUCGUCAUUUUCUCACCUGUUGGCGUUGCCUGAGAGCACAGCGCUUCAUGGGAUGUGGCUGGUGUGGGGACCGGUGUGACCGGCAGAAGGAGUGUCCUGGCUCCUGGCAACAGAACCACUGUCCGCCUGAGAUCAGUGAGUUCUAUCCUCACAGCGGGCCUCUAAGGGGCACUACGAGGCUCACCUUAUGUGGCUCCAACUUCUACCUGCGACCCGAUGAUGUCGUACCUGAAGGAACACACCAGAUCACCGUGGGCCAAAGUCCCUGCCGACUGCUGCCUAAGGACUCUUCAAGCCCUAGGCCAGGGUCCCUCAAGGAAUUCAUACAGGAACUUGAAUGUGAGCUGGAGCCCCUGGUCACCCAAGCAGUGGGGACUACAAACAUCAGCCUCAUCAUCACCGACAUGCCAGCGGGCAAGCACUUCCGAGUGGAAGGCGUCUUUGUACAGGAAGGCUUCUCUUUCGUGGAGCCAGUGCUGACAUCAAUAAAACCCGACUUUGGCCCGCGGGCUGGGGGUACUUAUCUCACCCUUGAAGGCCAGAGCCUGUCUGUCGGCACCAGCCGAGCCGUGCUGGUCAAUGGAACCCAGUGCCGGCUGGAACAGGUCAGUGAGGAGCAGAUCUUAUGUGUCACGCCUCCUGGAGCUGGCACGGCCAGGGUCCCCCUUCAUCUGCAGAUAGGGGGUGCUGAGGUGCCUGGCUCCUGGACCUUUCACUACAAGGAAGACCCUAUUGUGUUGGACAUCAGUCCCAAGUGUGGCUACAGUGGCUCCCACGUCAUGAUCGAUGGCCAGCAUCUGACUUCAGCAUGGUACCUCAUGCUAUCAUUCCAUGAUGGACAAAGUACAGUGGAGAGCAGGCAGUGUGCGGGGCAGUUUGUGGAACAACAGCAGCGUCGGUGUCGCCUGCCUGAAUAUGUGGUCCGAAACCCUCAGGGGUGGGCAACAGGGAAUCUGAGUGUCUGGGGUGAUGGAGCAGCUGGCUUCACGCUGCCUGGUUUUCGCUUCCUGCCCCGACCCAGUCCACUCAGAGCUGGCCUGGUUGAGUUGAAACCUGAAGAGCAUUCAGUUAAGGUUGAGUAUGUCGGGCUGGGCGCUGUGGCAGACUGUGUGACUGUGAACAUGACCGUGGGUGGUGAGGUCUGCCAACAUGAGCUCCGGGGGGAUGUGGUGAUCUGCCCCCUGCCCCCUUCCCUGCAACUUGGCAAGGAUGGUGUCCCAUUGCAGGUCUGUGUAGACGGUGGGUGUCACAUCCUGAGCCGAGUGGUUCGCUCAGGCCCAGGCAGGGCUUCACAGAGAAUACUCCUUAUUGCUCUUCUGGUCUUGAUCCUGCUUGUGGCUGUGCUGGCCGUUGCCCUGAUCUUUAACUCCCGAAGACGGACAAAGCAGCUAGGUGCUCACUCCCUCUCCCCAACAACACUCUCUGACAUCAAUGAUACUGCUUCCGGGGCUCUGAACCAUGAAGAAUUGUCAGAGAGUAGGGAUGGGACAAGUGUCCCACUGCUGCGGACAGAGUCUAUCCGGCUCCAGGAUCUGGACAGGACGCUCCUAGCCGAGGUCAAGGAUGUACUGAUUCCCCAUGAACAAGUGGUCAUCCAUACUGACCAAGUCAUUGGCAAAGGCCACUUUGGUGUUGUCUACCAUGGAGAAUAUAUAGACGGAGCACAGAAUCAGACCCACUGUGCCAUCAAGUCUCUGAGUCGCAUUACGGAGGUGCAGGAGGUGGAGGCUUUCCUGCGGGAGGGGCUGCUCAUGCGUGGCCUACAUCACCCAAACAUCCUGGCUCUCAUCGGUAUCAUGCUGCCCCCGGAGGGGCUUCCCCGGGUGCUGUUGCCCUAUAUGCGCCACGGAGACCUGCUUCGUUUCAUUCGCUCCCCUCAGAGGAACCCCACUGUGAAGGACCUUGUCAGCUUUGGCCUGCAAGUAGCCUGUGGUAUGGAGUAUCUGGCAGAGCAGAAGUUUGUGCACAGAGACCUGGCUGCUAGGAACUGCAUGCUGGAUGAGUCAUUCACAGUCAAGGUGGCGGACUUUGGUCUGGCACGGGGCGUCCUAGACAAGGAAUACUACAGUGUUCGCCAGCAUCGCCAUGCUCGCCUGCCAGUCAAGUGGAUGGCACUGGAGAGCCUGCAGACCUACAGGUUCACCACCAAGUCCGAUGUGUGGUCAUUUGGGGUGCUGCUCUGGGAGCUACUAACACGGGGUGCCCCACCCUACCCCCAUAUCGAUCCCUUCGACCUCUCUCACUUCCUGGCUCAGGGCCGCCGCCUGCCUCAGCCUGAGUACUGUCCUGAUUCACUGUAUCACGUGAUGCUUCGAUGCUGGGAGGCUGACCCAGCGGCACGACCCACCUUCAGAGCCCUAGUGCUGGAAGUAAAGCAGGUAGUGGCCUCACUGCUUGGGGACCACUACGUGCAGCUGACAGCAGCUUAUGUGAACGUAGGCCCCGGCGCGGUGGAUGAUGGGAGUGUGCCUCCGGAGCAGGUACAGCCCUCGCCUCAGCAUUGCAGGAGCACAUCAAAGCCCCGGCCUCUCUCAGAGCCACCCCUGCCCACUUGACCAAAGCCCUGAGUAGGCCACAGGCACUAGACCUGCUAAGUGGCCUUGAGCAAAUUACAAGCUGCCUCUGGGCCUAGGACAAGCCUCAGCAUGGAAAACCUCCACUCUUUAGCUUUCUGGGGCUACUGAAGGUGGGAAACCAGGCCCAUUUGAGCCCCUCGUUACAGCAUGAGCCAGUGAAAUUUUUGUAGCAUGUAUUUAUGUAAUGUCUGUUUUGUACCUGUUUCGGAAUACAGAGGAUCCAGCAGUGAUCACAGAGAUACUACAGUGUAAAAUAAUAUAAAUAAAUAAAUGAAUGAAUAUUCGAGCACUAGUUAUGGUGUAUGCUGUGAAAGAAAGGCA